CGCUAUCGGUGGAGGUAGUAAAAUUACAAUGUCCACGAACCCAUUUUAAACAUUUUUUAACAUCAUACCCAGUCUGAGUUUAAAGUUUCGAGUCAUAGUCUAGACUUGGCUAUUUAAAAUAGAGCAAUUUCAAAAGAUUUAAAGAAAUAUACUCGGUAUUUAGUAUAAACUAUUCAUCUGUUAUUUUGUAGUCUGAUAACUGGAAGUGAUACUGAAACUGAACUGAUAGAGUAGAGCCAAUAGUGGCAAUAGAGCUCUUCUACGAUCCAAUCAUCAGUCAUCAGAUUUGGAGAUGGAGUAAAACAAAAAACUUUAAAAAGUAAAAUAUAAGUUUUAACUUAUAUUCUAAUAUAGCAUAUCAUACUUAUAGGCCAGGGGUUCUUUAACAGGGUUGGUCGCACCCAAAAAGUCACACAGUAUAGUGUGCUAACAACUGUUAGUUUAGAGACCAAUAAAUCAGAAAAUUUGGAAGUGAAACACACAAAAAUGGGGAAAGAAAGAAAAAGAAGUAAAGAAGAAUUAAAAUUUAAUAGUAAUAUUGUUUUAAGACAAUUUUAAAAAUAAAUUUUAUUAAAAAUUUUAUAUUUUCCCCAUAUCUCACAUGCAACUUCAUGUAAAAACAUUUUAAAAAGUAGGUAAAUAAAUAAAUUUUCCUUAAAAAUGUUAUUUCGAACAAACUUCUAGAUUUCCUUUCAAACUAACAUUAACAAAGUUCAGUCAAACAAAUUUCAUACAAAGAAAUCAAAUUCUUUCAUACCACUUUCCGGAUAUGGGCCUAGAAUAAAUAGGCUAAUUUGUCGUUAUAAUAUCCACUUAAAAGGUCACAGCAGAUACAUAUUAGUUUUUACCUAUUUCAAAGCUAGUUAUGGAAACAUGUUCAGGAAGGUGUUACAGGGUUGUACCAUCAUGCAUGAUCCUGUUGGAAAUUUAAUGUUUUCCUUAGUUAACUUAAUAAGCAUAGUUAUAUUAUUACUGAUACAUCAAUAAUUUUGCUUUAACAUUUUUAUUUUAUAUACUUUACCAUAUACUAACAAUUUGUUCUGUAUCCCUCAGUUAACAUCAAGCUAAUUUCCUCAUUAUGAAAUUUGGGAUAGAUGCCGAUGGCAAUCCAAUAGCUGAACCAUUAAAAAGUCUUGACGAAUUAUUACAGUGGAAUUCAGAUGAAUUUACCUUUAGUGGCAUAAACUUAAAUGGAGAACCGAGAAAUCCAAUUGGGUCUCAAACAGUUGGGAAACACAAGACAGGUCCCAAACUCCUUGUAUGUCAUGAUAUGUUGGGAGGUUACUUGGAUGACAGGUAUUAUUGCAUUCACAUUUAGAAGCUAUCCAUAACUGAUGUGACACAUUGGGGUUGGGGGGGGGAGGUGAUGUGUUAUGAGGAUGUCUAAAAUUUAUGACAAGGCUGAGGAUAAAAUAUCAGCCUAAUUAACAUGACAUCAUUUAUGGAUGGGGCCUAAAUUUAAAAUAAUUUUUUUUCAUUUUAAAUAAAUAAACUGGCAACUUGAUGCACUUCGCUUUAAUAAACAAUGGACCAUCAUAAAAUGUUAACAGCUACUGACCCUAGUUUUUAAUUGUUAAGCCUCUGCAAAACAUAUUGGUCUCAUUCCAUCUGGAGUAGCAUUAUUUUCAAAGGAAGCACUAAGCUUAACUUUGUUGCUUAGAUUCAGGAGGAGAAAUGUGAUCCUUAACCUUAACCCAACGUCAAUGUGACAGUAGUUUAGAUCAUUAUAAGUCAUUAUGUGUUUUCUUUGUUUAAAAUUUGAAACGUGCCAAGAAUGUUCAAACUACACUAGCAGAAAAUCAUUGGCAACCAAGUAAAAUUAGAUUCCUCUAUCUCAUAUACAUAUAGUCUGACCUUGAUACAAUGAAUACAUAAAAAUCCUCUUAAGCUUUAAUUCUAAAAGAAAAACAUGGAAUUAAAAUAAAUGACUUUUUAUUGAUCUUGUGCUUACAACUAUAAGUUUAUAAAUAGUUGCUGCAAUCUCCAAAAUCACAUCUCACAAUCACAACGAUCAUUGAAAAUUUGUCUAAAUUGGUUCUUCGUGAAAAUGCUGCCUAAUUUUUUUGGAUCUCAUGGAUAAUGCUAUACUGAGUGGCAGUGUAGUGAACUGCUUAGAAAAGUUUGAAAUUUGACAUAAACCUAAAUAAAUAACUUUUGUACACAAAACUCAACAUGUUAUCUUUAGAAUUAAAAAAUACAAUGGAAGGUGUCUUCUUUUUCUAUAUUUUGAGGGCCCACGAUCAAUGGAUUGAUCAUUUUGGCUCCUAUGUUUUAGAGGGGUGUGUUGUAUAUCAAGCAUUUACUUUGUAGGUAAUGUUCAGUUUGACCUCAACAAAUGACUUUUAUCUUGAAAAAACAACAGGUUUAUACAGGGAUGUGUCCCUUCAGCUCCUCCCUAUAGGUUCUACCAUUGGCAAUACCUAGAUACAUUUGUCUACGGGGGGGGGGGGGGGGGGAAUGUGUGUGGAGAAAGUUCUGUCUUAUGAUUUUGUGAUUUUAUUAAAAAUUUUGGUGAAAAUUUUGAUAGUAAAAAUGUCAUUUUUAUUUAAGUUAAAUUGAAGAUCAUGAUCUGAUAUCAACCAACUAAAUAAAUUAUACCCAACUAAUCAGCAUUUAGCAUAAGAUUGUAUUAGAUAUAUUAAAUAGGCUUAAAUCAAAGUCUAAAUCAAUAGCUGUAAAUGUUAUGGGACCAGACAGCGCUUCAAAUAAGACUUUUACAUCUUCAAUUAGGUAAUCUCUUAUUUUAGAAUUAGUAUCUUCAAUGCAAAUGGAAAAGCACUUUUUACUUUCAAAGUUACAUUUCUUAAAAUACAUAAUGAACUUAUUUCAUUAUUAAAAGGAUUUUAUUAAUCAAAUAUCUUUAUGUCCCAAAGCAAAAACUAUUAAACAAAUUUUAGGAGAUAAGAAAAGUACAUUCCAUGCAUCUUUUGUUAUUCAAAGUGGUAUACAAGGAGAACUCAGAAAUUAAGAAUCCCUUUAAAAACCAAUGAAAUUAUAAAACAAACUAAUUUGUAAAACAAUAAAUACUUUUUCUGUUAACUACUGAAGUGUUAUGGUGUGGUUCCUUUGGUAAAUGGCGAAUUUUAAUUUUAAAAAACCCUUAAUAAUGAUAACGCUUUCUGUACGCUAAAAAAAGAGAUUACCCUCAAUUCCAACUUAAAUAGCAUCGCCUUUAUAUAGUUUUGAAAAGAAAAUCUUUACUCUCCAUUACUGACUUUGUGUUUUUAACUUGGGACUAAAAUUAUCCUAUUUAAAGCAUUUAAACAUUUAAAAAUUCUGUUCAACAUUUAUAUAACAUGCUGUAUUAACUAUAAAUAAAUGUAUGAUAGAUUUUAUUCAGCAUAUUUUCAUAUUGUUUUUCUUCUAAAACUUUGAUCACUAGGAACAAUUAUAACAGAAUGGGAUGACGGGGUACAGAACUGUUCUAACAUUCUCAAAACAGAGGAAUCAGUAGAGCUAAUUACUAGCAAGUUAGCAGAGAUUGCCUCAUACUUUGGCUUUAAUGGAUGGCUCAUCAAUAUUGAAAAUGGAAUACAGGUAGGAUGUCUUUUAGUCAUUCUCUUUGGUUCAUAUAUGUACUAAAAAUUCUAAUGAUAUGGAAAAUUUGUAAAUACAAAAGGUUAUAAUUUUACUUGGUUGCCAAUGAUUUUCUGCUUUUCAAGUUUUAUUGUAACUCUUAAGUUACUUAGUCCGUAACCACAUCAGUGGUAUCAAGUUUUGUUUUAACUCUUAAGUUACUUAGUCCCUAACCACAUCAGUGGUAUCACGUUUCAUUGUAACUCUUAAGUUACUCAGUAUCUAACCACAUCAGUGGUAUCACGUUUCAUUGUAACUCUUAAGUUACUCAGUCCCUAACCACAUCAGUGGUAUCACGUUUCAUUGUAACUCUUAAGUUACUCAGUCCCUAACCACAUCAGUGGUAUCACGUUUCAUUGUAACUCUUAAGUUACUUAGUCCCUAACCACAUCAGUGGUAUCACGUUUCAUUGUAACUAUUAAGUUACUUAGUCCCUAACCACAUCAGUGAUAUCAAGUUUUAUUGUAACUAUUAAGUUACUUAGUCCCUAACCACGUCAGUGGUAUCAAAUUUUAUUGUAACUUUUAAGUUACUUAGUCCCUAACCACAUCAGUGGUAUCAAGUUUUAAGAAAGUCAUUAAAAUAAAUAGGCUCUUCCCUCCCUCUAACAGGUGUUCCAACUACAUAAGGAAUAUAUCUUGGAAUAACAGAGGGACUGCUGACCUCAUUAGGGGAUUCCUUUGAUGACCAUUGAAAACAUUAGGGUCACGCCUGUUGGGGAAUAAUUCAUCUCUAGAGAGUUGUCAGAAAUCCUCAAAAAACGUUCACUUUGUUUAACAAAAGCAGGAUUUUAGGUCUCAAAUUUACUCUUAUUUUUUUUUAGAUGCUUCCCAACUUUCUCCUUUAAACCUGGAACUUUCCUUCUCAUGAUGUUUCCUUUUCCCAUUAUUAUCAGGCUAACCAAGUGCGACGAAUGCAGUCCUUUGUACGUACUCUGACCACAAAGUGUCAUGAACUGCUGGACUCUGGUCAAGUACUAUGGUAUGAUAGUGUUACUAGCAAAGGUGAUCUACGAUGGCAGGAUGAACUCAACUCUCUGAACAAGUCAGUAGAUUCUCAAAAUUAACUGAUCAAUUAAAACACUAAACCAGGGGUUCUAACCAUUUUGUGUGUGACAUACCCCCUCUUGAUCUCAAAAUCUUUUUUAAUAAAAAUGCAUAUGAACCUGAUUUUCUGGGUUUAAUUUCUUUACCACAGAAUGUUCUUUGAUGUGUGUGAUGGAAUUUAUCUAAACUAUAACAUCACGGAGGAAAAGCUGGCCAGGAGUCGAGACCUAGCGGCCUUAGCCAAUCGGCAGUUUGAUGUGUAUGUGGGCAUCGAUGUGUUUGGCAGGGGCAGCCCUUGUGGAGGAGGCUUCAACACCAAGGAAGUAAGAUCUUCUCUCAAUCUCUACAGCCAGAAUUUUAGUGGGGAGGACCAGCUUUCAAAAAGGCACAAUGUUUAAAAAGGCACAAUGUUUAAAAAGGCACAAUGUUUAAAAAGGCACAAUGUUUAAAAAGGCACAAUGUUUAAAAAGGCACAAUGUCUUACACAAGUUUGUCCCAACUAAACACAAGGCGCCAGGCCACUGACGUGAACACUCCUUUGCUUUGCCUCAUGAAUUGAAGUUGAUGCAACUUAGUUUGAGAGAAAGGUUUUGUUGGGUUUUGAUCAUGUCAAAUACUCUGGUAAUAUUAAUGUGUCACAAAGUCUUGUUUAUGUAUUAAAUAUUUUUUUUUAAAUAUUUCAUCAUAAAUUCAUUAGAGAUAAAUUUUCAUUACUGUUCAUAUUUUAUUUAUGGAUAUAUUGUAAGAAUCAAUAUUUAGAGAUAUUCUAAGAAUUAUAAUGUAGUGAUAUAUUCUAAAAAAUAUUAUUUAGUGAUAUAUUCUAUGAAUUAUAGUUUAGUUAUAUUUUCUUUUUUAAUCAUUCAUUGAAUUUAGUUUUGAUUGCCUUCUUCAGGGCUUGGAAAUGAUAAGAAAUUACCAACUGUCUUGUGCAUUAUUUGCGCCUGCUUGGACUUAUGAGUAUCUUGGAUAUGCCGAGUUUGACGUCAAUGAAAUCAUGUGAGACACAAGUCAUUGAUUAAAGUCUAAAGUUCCCGCUUGAAUGGAUCAGACAGUACAACUUUGUACCAGACCUUACUGCCCGGUCACUGCUAGGCUCAACCUGGUGAAAAACUAACAUGGCCAAAAUGGGUUGCAAGCACUGGAAUGCCCUGGGCACUAUACAUGACUAUUGUGAAGCCCGUAAUAGAUUACAUCCUGCCCCCAGCGCACUAUACAUGACUAUUGUGAAGUCUGUAAUAGAUUACAUCCUGCCCCCAGGGCACUAUACAUGGCUAUUGUGAGGACUGUAAUAGAUUACAUCCUGCCCCCAGCGCACUAUACAUGACUAUUGUGAAGUCUGUAAUAGAUUACAUCCUGCCCCCAGGGCACUAUACAUGGCUAUUGUGAGGACUGUAAUAGAUUACAUCCAGCCCUCGGGGCACUAUACAUGACUAUGUGAAGUCUGUAAUAGAUUACAUCCUGCCCUCAGGGCACUAUACAUGUCUAUUGUGAGGACUGUAAUAGAUUACAUCAUCCAGCCCUCAGGGCACUAUACAUGACUAUGUGAAGUCUGUAAUAGAUUUCAUUCUGCCCUCAGGGCACUAUACAUUGCUAUUGUGAGGACUGUAAUAGAUUACAUCCAUCCCUCAGGGCACUAUACAUGACUAUGUGAAGUCUGUAAUAGAUUACAUCCUGCCCUCAGGGCACUAUACAUGACUAUGUGAAGUCUGUAAUAGAUUACAUCCUGCCCUCAGGGCACUAUACAUGUCUAUUGUGAGGACUGUAAUAGAUUACAUCCUGCCCUCAGGGCACUAUACAUGACUAUGUGAAGUCUGUAAUAGAUUACAUCCUGCCCUCAGGGCACUAUACAUGUCUAUUGUGAGGACUGUAAUAGAUUACAUCCAGCCCUCAGGGCACUAUACAUGUCUAUGUGAAGUCUGUAAUAGAUUACAUCCUGCCCUCAGGGCACUAUGCAUGACUAUGUGAAGUCUGUAAUAGAUUACAUCCUGCCCUCAGGGCACUAUACAUGACUAUGUGAAGUCUGUAAUAGAUUACAUCAUCCAGCCCUCAGGGCACUAUACAUGACUAUUGUGAGGACUGUAAUAGAUUACAUCCUGCCCUCAGGGCACUAUACAUGGCUAUUGUGAAGUCUGUAAUAGAUUACAUCCUGCCGUCAGGGUACUAUACAUGACUAUUGUGAGGUUUUUAAUUUAGAUUAUAGCUUGCCCAUACAAUCCUUUGCCAGAAUAGUAAUAAAUUUCAGUACAGACCAGCAAGUCCUCACCUAGAAGUCAAAUUAUAAGUUUCACAAUCAUGUAAUUCACAAUCUAAAACAAAAUACUCGUCUACAUCUUAAACAAAAUACUUGUCUACAUCUUAAAUAAACUACUUGUCCACACCUUAAACAAACUACUUGUCCACAUCUUAAAAAAACUACUUGUCCACAUCUUAAACAAACUACUUGUCCACAUCUUAAACAAACUACUUGUCCACAUCUUAAACAAACUACUUGUCCACAUCUUAAACAAACUACUUGUCCACAUCUUAAACAAACUACUUGUCUACAUCUUAAACAAACUACUUGUCUACAUCUUAAACAAACUACUUGUCUACAUCUUAAACAAACUACUUGUCUACAUCUUAAACAAACUACUUGUCUACAUCUUAAACAAACUACUUGUCUACAUCUUAAACAAACUACUUGUCUACAUCUUAAACAAACUACUUGUCUACAUCUUAAACAAACUACUUGUCCACAUCUUAAACAAACUACUUGUCCACAUCUUAAACAAACUACUUGUCUACAUCUUAAACAAACUACUUGUCUACAUCUUAAACAAACUACUUGUCCACAUCUUAAACAAACUACUUGUCCACAUCUUAAACAAACUACUUGUCUACAUCUUAAACAAACUACUUGUCUACAUCUUAAACAAACUACUUGUCCACAUCUUAAACAAACUACUUGUCCACAUCUUAAACAAACUACUUGUCUACAUCUUAAACAAACUACUUGUCUACAUCUUAAACAAACUACUUGUCUACAUCUUAAACAAACUACUUGUCUACAUCUUAAACAAACUACUUGUCCACAUCUUAAACAAACUACUUGUCCACAUCUUAAACAAACUACUUGUCUACAUCUUAAACAAACUACUUGUCUACAUCUUAAACAAACUACUUGUCUACAUAUGAACUGAUGUGUUGUACCACGUCAAGAUUGCAUUACCCUAGUAUAAACUGCACUUUUUUUGUUUCAGGUUUUGGGGUAUCAUAAGUGACCUUUUGACCGUUCGGCCAUUGAAGAUUCCAAUACAUACUACCUUCUGCCAGGGUUUUGGAAAUGAUUUCUUUUUGCAAGGACAGAAAAUGGUACUUUGAAAAUCUAGCUACUAUUACAAAUCAAACUACCCAGUCCAUUACACAAUAAAUGAACCAGUCCAUUACACAUUAAAUGAACCAGUCCAUUAAAAAAUUAUCUACUCAGUGCGUUCGUUAUGAGUCCUGUAAAGCUUUUGACUCCCACUACCAUUUUGAGUGCAUGUGUUCCAUCCUCAGAAUGUCUCAUCUAAACCAUGGUUCAACAUAAGUCUACAGCAGUUACAGCCCAGCUACCUCCUGAGCCAGUUCCAUUCAUAUGUGAUCACCUCAACCAUUGAUACAGAACUAGAUGAUCAUGAAAUCCCAGUGCAGAGAAAGCGUAGCAAGGCCAGUUACAAAGUAAAAAACCCAAGCAAACCAACCAUGUUCUUGGAUUUGACCUCGGCUGUCAAUGGGGGCAGCUCACUAAAGCUUCAAGCUCUAAAUAAAGGACAAGCCGUCUGGUUCAAGUGAGCGUAUAAUAAGUUAUAAAGUUACUUUCUACUCACUUUGCUUGACUUAAAUCAUCAUUCAAUUAAUUCAUGGAUCACAUUUUAUGCUGAUUACAGAAGACAUGGAUUACUUUAAUUUAUGGAUCACAUUAUUCAUGGAUCACUUGAUUCAUGAAAAUUUUUUUUAAAGGGUCUCAACAAAAAAAAUGUUUCAGUAGAAAUUAUUUCAUUUGUUCGCUAAAAUAUAUUUUGGGGAACCACCAUUUUAAGACAGUCCUUUGAUGUGGUUGGAAAUUACUGUAAAGUAGAGAGACAUUUAUUUAGUGGACUCACUGAUUGCCUGCCCUUACCACUCCAAACUGAUUAAAUCUGAAUCGUUUCAGGUUGUUUAAAAUUGAUGCAGACAACUCCAAAAGCUUGAAGCUAACCGUAUGCUGGAAGAGCUCUUCUGUCAGCCGCUGUGACGUUUUCAUGGUGCUGUCAACCCUAGAUGCAGACCCCUUGGGCGUGGGGCCUGUUGGUGUGCUGCUGGAGACGGUGGCCUUCAGUGAGAGCCGCUUGCCGUUUUUGGAACAAGCAUCAAAGCAUUGCUUGAGACACAUCUCUACUGCCAAGCCAGAGACUGAAUCCAUGCUUCAAGAUUAUAGAAAAAGGUGACAUACUAAAACUAUUAGCUGCCAGCUCCGUAAGAAAAUCCUUGACCUAUAAAUUGAAUAUUUUAAACGUAAUUCCAGCAGCUGCAACUGAACUGGGUGACAUUACAACCAAUUUGUGUAGUACUGGUAUUUAAUAACUGAGAUGGUUCAGUAAGUCCAAGCUUUCUUUGUCCUGGACAGCGUCCAGCUGGAUAUCGAUGUUAGAUGUGAACAUUACUUCCCAGACUGUAUUGUUUAUUAUAUUUUCAUGCCUCUGACUGUUCCAGUUCUUUCAUGGUGGACAUGAAUGAGUUUGUCAAAAGAGGUUAUAAAGAUCAAGAGUUUCUUGUCUCUGCAGUGCUCCUGCCCUUGGGAGACCCACAGAUGGCAGUAAACAUUGGCCUAUUGGAAGUAAGUUGGAAGAUAUUCAUAUCUCUACUUGCAAAGAUUUGUAAUUGAAGUCAUCUGCAAUUGGCUUAUCACAGGGGUCACCAAACUUUUUUCACCGCAGGCCGGAUAAUAGACAAAAUGUCGAGCGCAGACCGUAUAAUCAUUCUGAUAAUACUUGCAAGUCAGAACGAAAGCUCUGGGAAAAAGACAAAAAUCUAAGUUUACUAUUCCAUGUUAAUCAUGGGUGAGUGGCCUGCAAUGCACAAAAACAACCAACAUAUCAUUUAGUAAAAAAGUUAUCAAAGAAGACGACGUUAGCAAAAAGAUAGUUACAUCAGGACUAGUGUGCACAUAUAAAUAUCACAAACUAAGCAGCAAAAAAUAGUGAGAUUUUGAAACUGAUGUUUGAAUUUUAAGAUACCGGGUAUCAAUGUUUGGCUUGGAAUUGCUGCAUCUAAUCAAGAGAAUUGUUUUCUCGGAAAAUCUCUGCAACAAAUGCUUCUUCAAGUGACUAAUAUUGAUAGGUAGGGGUAGGAUCUGACAGCCAGGUAGGAUCUGACAGCCAGGUAGGGGUAGGAUCUGACAGCCAGGUAGGAUCUGACGCUGUGGAUCAACUCUAACUUUUUCAGUGAGAAAAACAUAUCUUUCUUUUUGGAGCUUGUAAAAAAACCAAACAUGAUUUUAUCACAGCAGAGCCACCUCACUGCUAUGUUAUAAGGCAAGUCAAAGAAUUCAGAAUCAAUUUCUUCAAGAAAAGUCUGGAACUGAUAUUGAUUGAGUGCAUGUCCCUGAAUAAAGUUCGUAGUAGAAACGACUAGUUUCAGUACACAAGAAACAUUUCAGUCUUUUCCACCGAGUGCUUGCUGAUGUAUGAUGGAGUGUAUGAACAAAGUGCCGGAAUGUGCAAAUCUUCCAACUGAGUCCUGAUUGACCCCACCGGAACUUUCUUCCCUCCAUCUGUUUGUUUCCUCCUGGAAGCUGAUUCCACGGAUGGUUAUAGUGUGCCCAAGUUUUGGCCCGUCCAUGAAAAUGUCUUUUCUAAUUGUUGUUCCAUGGACGCUGCAAACGAAAGCCAACUAUUCUGUUAUCUGACAGUCCAAAUUAAAACCACAAUUAACAUGAGUUGUGACAUACUUGGGAGAUCAGUAGACUCAUCCAGCGCCAGAGAAUACCACAGUGUAGCUAUAUAUAUAUUUAUGUUUAUUUAUUUACUAUUAAGAUACCCUAUGGUACAAUUUUGAGAUGAUAUUGUACGAUUUUAGGAAUUUGAUGGUAAACAGGUCUGCAAUAAACAAGAAAAUCAAGGUAUGGUACAAUAAUUUAAAAUGGUUAAUUUAAGGCGCAUAGUAGCCAUGAGGUCUCCGCUUGUCUGAAGAUCACCUAAUGUUCAAAAAAUAAUAUUUAAAUUGUAUCCCAUCUCGUGUUCCAUAUGUUUUAUCAAACAAAUUCAAGUACCGUAGGCGGGCUGGAUGAACUGAUGCUGUGGGCCAAAUCUGGCGCGGGGACCAUAGUUUGGUGACCUCUGGCUUAUCAUCUAAUUGAUUAGAAGAUAGUAAAAGUGGGGUUGUUGUGUAAUCUUUGCAAACAGCAGUCAAAAUGUAUGACAUUUUUUUUAGUGCAAGUUUUAAUUUUUAAAGCCAUUUUACCAUAGGAAGGUCAUGGAGUAAGACUGGUGUGGAUGGUCUGCUCCCCUUGCUGUAAUUUUAACCAGGAUUUGAACGCUGGACUAUCAGAAUAAGCCUUACUAUUUCUACUUGAGUGCACCCUAAACUCUGUGCAGUCAAAGUUUAACAAAACAUUUUUUUGGUAAUUUAAUGAUUUCAUUAUUAAAUUUUUUAAAUGAGAAAACUUAUCUUUAUUCGAAUCCUUGGAAAUGUCUAAUUUUUUGGCAGUUUUCAGAAAAAGAACUAACAUCACCAUAGAAAGGUACCCCAUCAGAUUGAUAAUCACCUAAGAAAGUAUAGUGCUAAUCACCUGACAAAGUAAACAAUAGUGCUAAUCACCUGACGAAGUAAACAAUAGUGCUAAUCACCUGACUAAGUAUACAAUAGUGCUAAUCACCUGAUGAAGUAAACAAUAGUGCUAAUCACCUGACAAAGUAAACAAUAGUGCUAAUCCCCUGACAAAGUAAACAAUAGUGCGAAUCACCAGAAAAAGUAAACAAUAGUGCUAAUCACCUGAUGAAGUAAACAGCAAAAAUAUUUUAUAAGUUUCUUGCUUAAGUUUAUUUGGUCUACCUCACUUAGGUUGUUGGAGACUCUGAAGUAAAGCCAAGAUUAAAUAUCAUGAAGGCUAUAGUUAGUCUUGGGAAGCAGUUGGAGCUGCCUCUGUCUUUUGACAGGAUCAUUGGCCUCAUCACCCAAGUCAACACAAGUUAUCAAGACAUUUUAACAGCUGAAACACGUUCUAAUUCAGUUGUAAGUGCAGAUGCAACAGUCACGGCAAUGUCUUCCGCUAGGACUUCAGUGACCUCUGAGAAUUCGUCGUUUGCCUCAGAGUCUAGCAUGGUGUACUUCUUUAAGUGGAUCUACUCAAACCAAGCGGAUGUAGACUACUAUCUAGUCUCUGGCUAUGACAUGGCUGGCAAGCGAACCAUUCUGGGCCACUGUGUAACAGAAAAUUUUAUCUACACUCAUGCCUUAAAUGACGCCAUGCUAUUACCAGACCAUUUUUCUAUAGAGCCUGUGUUAUCCUCUACAGAUAGUCCAGCCGGUGAGUUUCUCUUUUAUGCAGAAGGAGCUGUUCCACGAGUAACAGAUCUUACUUUUUGAUGAAUCUCAUGAUGAAAUUUUUAUUUCAGGGCCCUGGAUUUGAUAUCCGGUUUUAAAUGGUGUGCAAAUUUCUCACAAGUGACCAAAACAUAAAACAUAAGUGUUUGAAAAUAUCAAUUGUAUUUUAUCAUUGAGUUGAUGUUCUAUCCGUAGGAAAAUUAUUUUCAGAUGUCACCAUGUGCAUGAUCCCUCUUUGCAUUCAAACUUUAUAUAUAUAUAUAUAUAUAAAUAACUAGAUGACUCAUACAUGUAUGAACCUUGAUCCUAC